CCUUCCGCCCUUCCUUUCUCUUCCACUUGCAGGGGGUUUGGAUUCCCACCUUUGGCUCCUUUGACACCGUCUCCAAAGACAUCCGGACCGAGGAUGGGACCGUGACUCUGCGGUGGCCCGUGUUUCACCUGGCCUCAAACCUCAUAGCCACGCACCACCUCAAGCCCCGCAGGGAGUCCCUGCCAGUCCUUAGGAAGAUGGAGCCCAUGAAAUACAGCAAGGCGGCCGCAGCUGCCUCUCUGAGCUGGGCGACACUCAGGACUGGCAUCCAGAGCACCGUGGCCCUGCUCUCUGGCUGCCUGCAGAAUGGGGAGAACGUUGCCGUUGUCCUAAAGGACAUCGGCGUGCUCCUCAUAGACGGACUGACCUUCCAAAUGAAAUUCUUCUUUGACUUCCUGGAGCAGCUGUCAGGGAAAGAGAAAUUCAGAAGAGCUACUUUCAAGGCCCCCUGGCUGCUGAACGUGGUGGUGUCUCGGGUGGCACCGGUGGCCUCCCUGGUGCACUCUGGCUGCCUUGUCGUCUUUCCCACGUUUCAAAUGGAGUUUGCACCCAGACCACCACCCGCAAUACGCCGCAAGUCUUCAGGAAGCAUCUCUGGUCAGGAGACGCCAAAGAAAGAAGCCACUUUGCCACCUCUUGACCAGGGCAAGAAAGUGAGAUUUGCUGGCCGUCCAACCUUCAUCAAGCGGUUGAGCGCAGACAGCAUUGAUGGAGGACACUUCAGACGGAUAAGGAGCUUACUGCUGAAGGAGAGCUCCACGUCCAGUCUGCUGCCAGCGAUCCAGAGAGUGCCUGUAGCCCAAGAGCAGCCGGUGAGCUGCCAGCUGCAGAGGGAGGCAGGAACAUCAAGCCAACAAGACCUGCGCCGAACACUGGGAACCAAACACGUGAGCUUCCUUGAUGAAGAACUGGGGGCAGAAAAAGCUCACUGUGAUGGUGCGGCGCGAAUAUUGCAGACAGCCAAGGCCUCACCCCAUCAGAUCACCUUGAGGCCAACAACACCUUUGCGAAGAGAUUCAAUAUCUUCCUCAAGGGCUGAGUCUGCGGAGCCUCAAGGCAGACCAUCCAGGCUCCCACUGGCAUGCGACUCAGUGAAACUUCUCCGCAAGAGGGCAAGGAAGACCAGGCCCGUGCAGGAAACACCAGAGCACAUGGCAGCGCCACCACUUCGUGGUGCGUGCAGCCUGCCUGAGGAGUCUUCCAGCAACCGCUCUGGAUCGCUGCCACCCAUAAACGAAGAAAAGGGGUCUCCCAGAUGUCAGUCUCCGAAGACCAAAGCCCCACCCCGCAGGAAGGGCACACCCUACCCACACUGAUGUGGGCAUGGGGUGCCCAGGACAGGCAGAACUCAACUGGAGGCUGCAAAACAGAUGCAUGAAUCCCAUCUGCAUCAUAUCCAAUACAAAACCAGGCUG